CUCGAGCCCCAAAGCCCGAGGCACGCCGUGCGCGCUCGAUGUCGUGCCAGCCGCCCGCGAGCGCCGGCGAGCCCCGCUCUCGCCCACCCGGCCCAUGACCCCCGCCAGCGCCGCUGCAGGCGGCCCGCGUGGGGCCGCACCGACCCUCCAGGUGGUCGGGCUGGUGCUCCAGCGGCGGCUCUUCUCGCUGCCGCUGCCCUUCGACACCACGGCGGGCGGGCGCUCGGACUUCCUGCUGCAGGGCCCCGGGCUUCCGGACCACCUGCGCCAAUUCCAAGAGGCGCUCGACCUCGUGCUGGGCGCGCUGCCGCGGGUCGACUGGGGGCGGUGCGGCCGGGGCGACGCCAUGGUGCGGAUGAUGGUCCGGCAGGUGCGCGCGCCGCGGGGCCUCAGGGGCGCGGAGGCCGCGCGCGUGCCAGAGGCCUCCGACUCGGAGGACGUGUUCAUGAACCUGCCGCACCACGACAACCGGUGGGGCGGAGCCGGUGGAUUUCGUGGUGAGCGACGCACCUCACCGCACGAUCUUCUACCCCCGGGGCGAGGAUCAGCCGCCCGUCCAGUUCCCAGCCCACGCCGUGGUGCGCUACGACGCGCUCUGGCUGCACUCGGCGCCCGGCUUCUGCGCCGCCGCAGCAGGCCCUGGCGGAGCAGGUUGGCGCCAGGUUCUGUCUGCGUCCUCCCUUUGUCGCCUUCUGCGCUCCACAUCACGGCGUGGGACCCGCUCUGGAGCGUCAGGAGGUUUCCCGACUUCCUGGCCAAGCUGACGUCCGCGCCCGCGCCGGAGUGGCACCGGCCCUCGGUGUGCGAGGCGGAGGAUGUUGUCCAGGGCUGCUUCGACGCCGCCGCUGGCUUCUCGUGCGAGCAGUGCUGCGAUCUGCGGCGCGGCGCCAUGGGCGACAGCGCCUGCUGGGCCGGCUGGAUGACCUACGAGAUGAUGGUGCUGCGGGCCCGCCUCGAGGCGCUGGGCCGGCUGCGGCUGGCGCCGGGGGGUCGACCUGUGGGCCCGGGACUACUUCAUGGAGCCCCAAAGCUGCACAGCCCGGCGCAGUGCCAGCAGCGGUGCGAGGAGGACCCGCUCUGCGAAGGCUGGACAUACUUCCCCCUGUCUUGGCAGCCGCUGGGCUGCCGGCUGCCGCUGGCCGCCGUCAUGGGCCUGCGGCGCGUCUGCCUGCUCCGAGGCGACCCCGGGCCCUCCGCUGUGCCGCACGAGGGCGUCCUGUGGGGCCCGCUGGAGUGCGCGGCAGGCGCCAGCGGCUGCCUGGAGGUCGGCCUGGACCGGUCCGGGCCCGCCCUCGCCAUCCUCAAGGAGGUCCCCGACGCGGCGGCGUGCCGCGGCAAGUGCCGCUCGAUGGGCGGAUGCCGCUCUUUCGCGUUUUUCCCAGACCACUACCGCGGCGACGCGUCCGAGCAGUGCGAGCUGCCGCCCGAGGUGGUGACCUGGUGGGCGGCCCGCUGCCAGAUGAAGGUUGCGUCCGCAGCGGAGGGCUCGCCGGUGUUCCUGCCGAUGGGCAACGUGGUGUCGGGUGCUCGCUCCUGCCCCGCCGCCGCGCCCUGGCUGGGGCUUGCCCAGGCGCCGGGUGCCGACCUCGUCGUGGACGAGGGCUACCAGCGCGAGCGGUGCGCUGUCGUGGGUCCCUGGCGGCGCGAGCUGGACGCCGAGUACCUGGUCUCUCAGGCCAUCCUCUGGCUCGGCGAGCUAACGGGCCUUGCCGACCGCAGCCUGCGGCCGCGGCAGUACGACGUUGUGCUCGUCACCGCUGGCCCCGCUGGGCCCUCUGAGGUGCACUGCGGCACGGCGCUCGAGCUGGCGAGUGGCAGCCCAGUCGUGGUGGACUGCGUCGCCCCGAGCGCUGCGUAUGGCGUGGAGGUCCGCGCCCAGACGCCCUCGGCCGGCUUCUCGCUCUGCGAGGUCGAGCUGCGGCUGGCGCCGGUGCCUUGCGCAGAGCUGGUGGAGCACGAGUACAUCCUCUGGAACGCCUACGCGAGGGUCUUCCCCCGCGGUGCCGCGGAGCGGCCCAGCGGCGGCACACCGGGGGGCGAGGCCUGCGAGCGGCGAGGGGGCAGCCCGGUGCUCGUGGGCGGGCGUGGGGGCGCCCCCGUGUGCCUGGAGGCAGCGUGCGCGCCCUCGGAGUGCCUGGAGGAGUUCGACAGGGCUUUCGACGUGUACGCGCCGCUCUCGGGCUUCGACCUCUGGGACGCGCGCUCGGAGGCGGCGGCAGCCGCCUGCGGGGGCGACCGCGUGGCGGGCACCUUCUUCGAGGCGACCGUGGUCGUGCACGUCGGGGGCAGGUCGGAAGAGGGCACGGGCAAGACCGCGGUCCUGCACUGGUCCUUCUGCGCGCCCGGCGGCUGCAGCAGCGACGACGCCGCGAGGGUGGCCGUGCGCGUCGCGGCCAGCAAGGGCCUGGAGCUCUCGGCGCUGCCGCCCGGGUCGGAGGUCGAGGUGCGCGGCGUUCGCCCCCUGGCGCGGUGGGAGGACGUGCGGCUGGACUUCCUCAUCGCCGGGUUCGCCCGCUCGGGCACGCACUCGCUGCUCCUGAACCUCGCCUCGCACCCAGAGGUCAGCCGGGAGGACCUGACCUUCAACUGGGGCUACGUGCCCAUGCAGCAGCAGAUCCAGCAGUACGCGGCCGCCGUCGAGGGCGAGGGCGGCCACGGGGGGGCGGAGGGCGCGCGCGGGGCCCCCGCGCCGGGGCGGCGGCUGAGGGGCGGCAAGGGCGAGGGCGUGGCGCUGAACCCUCGCAUCCUGAGGCUGCUGUCGCGGGCGCGGGGCCUCAAGCUGGUGGUGAUGGUCCGGGAGCCGGUGGAGUGGCUGGAGUCGCUCUACAACCUGCGCGCCCUGGAGUGCCGGAGCGCGGGCGACUGCGGCGAGCUCCCGACGCUGGAGGACGUGAUCCUGCGCGGCGCGCAGCUGAAGGACGCACGCGCCGCCGACGCGAGCCUCUCCACCUCCCUCGAGGUGGCCGCCGCGCACUUUCCGCCGCGGUCGGGGCGCCUGCUGCUGCUAGAGUUCGAGCUCCUGAAGGCGCGCCCGAGGGAGCUCUUCGACAGGCUCACCGGCUUUCUGGGCAUCUCGCCGUUCCCGGCGGACCACUCCUUCGGCAAGUUCGGAACAGAACAGAGGGCGCAGUACCGGUCGCAGGGAACGGGGGCCGACCUCUGCUCCGAGGAGCUCCGCCCCGCGCUGCUCGAGCUGCGGCGGCGCCUGGGCCCGGAGCACCACCGCCUGGCCCACUGCUGGCGGACUCCGGCGCGCCCUGGGUGUCCAGCCGCCUGGUGCUGAACCGCACGCACUGCGACUAGCGCGUGGCGCACACCUCUUGGGAGCGCCCGCUGCCAUAGGCCGAGGUGCAGAGGGGGAGGAGCAGGUGCCGACGCCGCUGCUCGCCCUGGAGAGCGCUCGUCGCCGCGGCUGGGCUCCCGCUGAGAGUCUGGUCGAAGUGCUUCCCAGGAGGGGCCCAGGGAGUAGAGGCCUCGGGGGGGCCGGAGGUUUCGAUAGACCGCG